GAAAACGCUUUAUCAGUCUUUCGUACGAUUUUUGUAGUGGACUAGUCAAUAGUCACUAGUAAAUUCCAAUUUAUUCUGUUCGCCGACAACAGCGACGCCGUCAUCGAGAUGAAAUUCUUUCAGGCCGCCACCAGGUGGUCAAAAAACCACAAGUUUUUUUUGACCAGUUUUGGUGUGUUAGCUGGUGGUGGUAGUUCCCUAAUUUAUGCACUUGAACAGUCAAUUCAUGCUUCUAAUGAUGCAGCUCAUGUGGCUAAACAAAAAUGGAAUCAUAACGGAUGGUUUGAUACUUUAGACCAUGCAAGUGUCCGCCGAGGCUGGGAAGUUUACAAAAAUGUUUGUGCAGCAUGUCAUAGCAUUGAAUACUUGGCAUAUCGUGAGUUAGUCGGAGUAUGUUUGACCGAAGAUGAAGCCAAAGCUGAAGCUGCAGAACAACUGAUUGAUGACGGACCUGAUGAAACCGGUGCCAUGUUCAAAAGACCUGGAAAAUUGUCGGAUUUGUUACCAAAACCUUAUCCAAAUGAAGAAGCUGCUCGUUAUGCUAAUGGUGGUGCAUACCCACCAGAUUUGACUUACAUUACACAAGCUAGAAUAGAUGGAGAGAAUUAUAUCUUUGCUUUGUUGACUGGUUACAUGGACCCACCAGCAGGAGUUACAUUGGCAGAGAAUCAACAUUAUAAUCCUUACUUCCCUGGUGGUGCUAUUGGAAUGGCUCAAGCAUUAUAUGAUGAGAUUAUUGAAUAUGAAGAUGGAACUCCAGCUACCCAGAGUCAGUGUGCAAAAGAUGUUAUCACAUUUUUAAAAUGGUGUGCUGAACCAGAACAUGAUACAAGAAAAUUAUUUGCCAUGAAAGCAUUCACGGUAUUAGGAGUUCUUAAUUUAGUGGUCUGGUACCUACAUAGACAUUACUGGUCAGUAUUGAAGAGCCGCAAAAUACUGCAAAACCCUAAAUCAUUGUUCAAAAAGUAAAUCGUUUUUAGUUCAUGGUAAAAAUUGAAACAAUAAAAAUGAUAAAAAUUGUAAAAAUUAUUUUCAAUUCUUGAAUGUAUCUUAGCAGUUAAAAUUAUUUCUCAUCUCUGAAAUUCAUGUUAAUAGACCAAAUGGAAUUUUAUUUAGAUUGUAAUUCAUUUGAGUAAUUAAAACAAACAGUUUUGUUAUCUUUUGAGGCUAAA